AUGGAAACUAAGAAAACUAAAAAUUCAUUUUUGGCUUCCUGUCUCUGCCGCCAUCGGAGAGCAACAGCCGUGGCCGCGCGCUACCCCAUGGCCAUGGGCCUCAACAAGGGCCACAAAGUGACUAAGAACGUCAACAAGCCUAGACACAGCCGGCCUGGCACAGCCGGCCUGGCGCAGCCGGCCUGGCGCCGCGGGCGCCUCACCAAACACACCAAGUUCGUGGGAGACAUGAUCAGGGAUGUGUGUGGCUUAGCCUCGUAUGAGCGGCGCGCCAUGGAGCUGCUAAGGACAAGCUCACGCUCAGGUUCAUCAAGAAGAGGGUGGGCUGGCUGCAAAAAGAGGGUGGGCACGCACGUCUGCGCCAAGAGGAAGCAGGAGGAGCUGAGCAAUGUGCUGAAAGCUAUGAGGAAGGCUGAAGCCAAGGACUGA